AUGACGAAGCAGACAAUAGAGUUUUGGCUUAGGAGGAGGACCGAUAUCUACUCGGUGCAUUUGUAUCUACCAAAAGAAACUGACCAAUGGGUGGAGAUAGAGUGCGAGUGGAAUGUAGGAGAGAUUGACAGAUUACUCAUUAUGAAUACAUCAUCAACGCCUUCUGUAUUUUCCGUCUGUGAGAUAAAAGUUUUCAACACGGAUGGGAUUCCUGUGUAUGGCAGCAUGGAAGCUGUUUAUAGGACCUCCCCUGACGAGUUUUACUUGACUGACAGCAAACCUGCAACAUGCCAUUCCUUUGCAGGAGUGACUCAAUCUCUAUUCGUUGCUCUGGUGGUGCCAGUCAUGAUUGCCCCCAUCAGACUGUUCGUGCCGAAAGGUUCUAUAAACAUUGGAAUUAGAUUAACAUCAGGCUAUAGCACCAUCGACAGAGCACGGUGUGAAAUUGACAUUGAAACAGAUUCCUGUUCUGAUAAUCAUCAGCAAGUAGCUCAAAAAUAUCAAGUGGCAAACAAUCUGCAAACUGUGAAACUUGAAUUUGCUGACCAUCCCCCUGUGCCAAACCGCAAUGGUUCUGCCUUGAGGAGUUCGGAGUGGAGAGCCGGGGAAACUCGAUCCCUGGGCAGAAUGGGCGGAGGAGGAGAACCAGUGAGAGACCCUUACGGAAAGCUCAUAACCACUCGUGGUUAUAAAACGGAGCCUUUAUCCUGGGCAGGCAACUCGAUCUCCUUACCGUCCAUGGAGAGGACGUGCAGCAGGGCAAAGAAUGCACUCUACAGGGAAGAACUACAAAGACAGAUCGAGGAGAAAAAACGCCUGGAAGCCCUAGAGAGGGAGAGAACCAAGCAGCUGGAAGAGAGGAUUGCAGAGAGGACGGAAAUGCAGAGGCAGCAGAUGCGUGCAGAGUAUGAGAAAGAGUUGCAGAGGACUAAGAAUCUUGAGGCAGAGCUUCGUCGUCAGCAAGAAUUUGCAAAGCAGUUGGAAGAAUUCCAAAAGCGAGAUGCUGAGCUGAGGAAACGGAAGUCUACCGAAGUUCAUUCUCAUGGCGAAAACGGAUACUCAAAUAGCGAAUCCCUGCAGAAGAGGCGCAGUCCAUCCCCUCCCGUUCCUGCAGUCAGGACAAAGGAGCUGAUGGAACGUACGGUCACUCCCAUACAGUCCCUGGCUCAAGUGAAACCAGAGAAUCUGUUCAGUUCUUUGGCAGAAAUUAGAAGACAAAUUCUGCAAAAUCAAGAUAAAAAGCAAACAAAUGCUUCCUAUAAAGUGAUGAAUCGUCGGACAGUGGCAGAUGUUGAUGACGAAUCCGACGAUGAGGUCGUAUCGUAUUCCCGAGUGCCUUCAGUUGCAGAGUAAAUGAAUUUCAUUGCAAAAACAACAUAGACUAUAGUUUUGCAAUCAUAUGUGAUCUCAAGCUUCACAAGUGUUCUGUUUUGGUGUUGGAGUUUAUUUCGUGCAUUCUCAUGUAAUUUAUGACUGUAUUUUUUCCUGUCUAAAAAAUACUUUUAAAAUUGAUAAAUCCUUGUAUAUAAUGCAAUCAAAUGUUUUGUUACAAAUCUCGAAUGAAAGGAGAGAAUAAGAAGUUAAUGACUUACCUGCAUGCAGAAGCAAUUAAUGAGGAAAGCAACAUCUUAAGCACAAUUGAAAGAUGUUGCUAACUUUUAUGUGAUUACAAGUAACACUUUUAUUGAUGCAUUAAGUGUCGAGCUGUAAGAGCUAAUUUGGGUGCAACUCCACUUAAUCAUUAAACUCUUGAAUCUGACAAUUUUUUGCAGUUAUGAAAGGGUUUCUUUAAAUUUUAAAACACAUAAAUGCAAUAUUUUAUGCUAUAAAAUGUUGAUUCUCUCAUCAAUUCUAUUUUCAAGUUUAAAAGUUCAUUUAUGUAAUGUAAUCAAAUGUCUUGUUAAAAAUUUGAGAUAGAAAAAGAGGUGGUGUUAAUAUCACGCACACAGUUAAAAUAUGUAAGUUAUAACAAGCAAUUUAUAUGCAUGCCAAAAGAAGGAACUUGUAUCUUAAAAAUA